AUGGCGCCUUUCGCAGACUUUAUAUUUGAUCUGGCACAGAGGCUAGCUGAAUUAGGGCCAGACCCCGCUGAGAUGCUGCUUAUGGAAGCGUUGAUCGCCUUUUCAGACGCUCGAAGGUUGCAAGAAACUCAGGAAGUUUAUAUGGAUGCCUUGCAGCAGUACACAGAUGUGAAACAACCAAAAGACUCCACACGCUGUCAUCGCCUUCUUGCACUUCUUGCAGACUUGCGACGAUACUGCGUAGAGCAUGUGGAUGCGUCUACCUCAAACCAUGACUACGACAGCGUCAUGGAUGUGAAGCCAGAGAAGGCAAUGCUGGAGCAGAUUAUGCAACAUAAAGGGCCAAAUUACACCAUGUACCACAUCCCUCGCUGA